CGAGCGAGCGAGAGCAGCCGCGCCCGCCGCCGCCCCUGCCCUGUAUGCCGCUGUCCCCCGGCGCGGCCGCCGCCGAUCGCAGCAGCAGCAGCAGCCGCCGCCGCCGCGGUUGAUGUGGUUGGGCCGGGGCUGAGGAGGCCGCCAAGAUGCCGCAGUCCAAGUCCCGGAAGAUCGCGAUCCUGGGCUACCGGUCUGUGGGGAAAUCCUCAUUGACGAUUCAGUUUGUUGAAGGUCAAUUUGUUGACUCCUACGAUCCAACCAUAGAAAACACUUUCACAAAGUUGAUCACAGUAAAUGGACAAGAAUAUCAUCUUCAACUUGUAGACACAGCUGGGCAAGAUGAAUAUUCCAUCUUUCCUCAGACAUACUCCAUAGAUAUUAAUGGUUAUAUUCUUGUGUAUUCUGUUACAUCAAUCAAAAGUUUUGAAGUGAUUAAAGUUAUCCAUGGCAAAUUGUUGGACAUGGUGGGGAAAGUGCAAAUACCUAUUAUGCUGGUUGGGAAUAAGAAAGACCUGCACAUGGAAAGGGUGAUCAGUUAUGAAGAAGGGAAAGCUUUGGCAGAAUCUUGGAAUGCAGCUUUUUUGGAAUCUUCUGCUAAAGAAAAUCAGACUGCUGUUGAUGUUUUCAGAAGGAUAAUUUUGGAGGCAGAAAAAAUUGAUGGGGCGGCUUCACAAGGAAAGUCUUCGUGCUCGGUGAUGUGAUGCCGCUGCAAAACCCAAGGACACUGGGAAUCCAUUCUACCUGAAGAAGCAAACUGCCCGUCAUCCUUUAAGAUAAACUCUGCUUCUUUUUCUUCUGUUAACCUGAGAGAGAUCAUUUGGGUCAGAGCUUCCCCUCCUUUCAGAUUAUGUUAAACUCUGACUCUGUCCAAAUGAGUUCACUUCCAUUUUCAAAUUUUAAGCAAUCAUAUUUUCAAUUUAUAUAUUGUAUUUCUUAAUAAUAUUAUGACCAAGAAUUUUAUCGGCAUUAAUUUUUCAGUGUAGUUUGUUGUUUAAAAUAAUGUAAUCAUCAAAAUGAUACAUAUUGUUACACUACUAACUAGGCUUCAAUAUAUCAGUGUUUAUUUCAUUGUGUUAAAUGUAUACUUGUAAAUAAAAUAGCU